AUGACGAAUGUACUACUCACAGAAGACAUUACUCCCAUCCGAAUAUGUCUACUUCUUCUUGUAUCCCUAUAUGCUGGAAAUCGGAUCCCCAUUGAGUGCUGUCGACCCUUGAUGACUGUGGUGGUUAGGUUUCUUGAAGACGAGUCACUACUGAAUGACAAAGGGGAAUUGUUAUUGUUUCCUGGACUUCUAGAACUCAUAGAACAAGUCAAAAUUGAGGCAUUGAGACACGGAAAUGACUCCACCUCCAAUAGUUUGACCCUGUUGUUCCUUCUGGAGCUCUGGAGCAUAAAAAAUGUUGAUGAUCUUGACUUCAAAGUCAAACAAGCCGAGCUGUUUCUUCUGCCCAAAGACACCAUAGUAGUGCAAGAUGGCCCAAAUGCCACCACAAAGGCCAUAUCACCUCGGUCUUUUCUUGGGGGAGUUAUCCUGAAGCUAACCACCACGUAUCGGCUUCUACAGUUUGAUGAAGUGUUUCUAUUUUUUGCAUCUUUUGUCGACUUUAGGGCUGAAUCUCACCACUUGUUUGUCAGUCUCGGCGGAAACCCACCACAUGACACAGCCCCCAACACAGAUGCUAACGUCUAUACACACCUCACCAGCCAAUUGCACGAAACUUUGGGCAUAUCCAUCACCGCAGCUGAAUCACAUAAUACCACCACCGGGCUCGUCUCUUUAUCAAAAUCAUCCACCCAAGCUCUUCUUGAAAAACAGGUAAUUCUUUUGGAGACUUAUGGCGGUACGCUUCCUUCUCUGAUGCGCCAGGUGCUUUCUGCUAUGGCGUUGCAGGACCAAGGGCCAUCUCUGGCUCUCAACUUGACUUUCAGCCAAGCCCCAUCUUACUACUAUGCCAACUACUUACAAAACCUCCAUGAGUCCAACUACCACGGAGCUCUCGAUUCAUUGCAUCAGUACUUUGACUACAUGGUUUCCAAUAACUCAAAGUACUUUUACCAUUUUGCCUUGAUUUCCCGAGCGUCGUUGCAUCAGUAUUUCGGUGAGUACGAGCAGGCUCUCGAUGCUAUCGAAGAAGCUAUAUCGGUGGCGCGGGAAAACAAGGAUAACUCGACGCUUACCUUUAUUCUUUCGUGGCUCUACAAUCUUAUGAAAUGCAAGCCCGAGCUAUGGAAAAAACAGACUUUUUACCACAACAAUAAUGCCCUGCAUCUUCUCGACUUUCUCAUUACCAAGUCGCAAUCGGUGUCGCUACUGCUUCAUUGCAUGAGCUUUCUCUAUGAAACCGUUCAUAUCAUGGAUUCUGCCGGAACUAUGGGAAGAUACCUUGAAAGUCUCGUGAAAGCAUUGUAUCUUUCUCUCAAUGAUUCGAAGCCCACUUACAUUCGUGCCCUCGAAAUGGCAACCACGGCUUGGGCAAGAAUAGGCCAGCCACAUAUGUCUGAGUUGUACAUUUCAAUGGCUUCUGAUACCGCAAAUGAAACUGGAAAACUUUCUGACCAGGUGACGAUGGAAAUUCGGCGCUGCUUUCUACGGUUUGCUCAUGAAGACGGUGAGGAAUUAUACAAGAAUAUUUGUUCACUUCAAAAGCUUGUAAACAAGAAAGACCAGGCGUUGGAAAACAUGGUCAAGAUGCGCUGUGUCAUGUUGUUAAUUGAGCUCCAUCUUCGAAAUGGACGCCUCUUCCAAGCUAGGGAGCUUGUUGGUGAUUUGCUUUGCAGCGACAAUCACGAAAACGAUGUACGAGUUGAGCUGGUUUAUCUUAGUGCAAAAGUGGAAAUGGCACUUGGAAAUUAUGCUUCUGCUCUUGCCAAAAUCUCUUCGUUUUUGUCUUCGUUAGACGAGCUGGCUUUCGAGACAGAUCUUAGUCUUUAUGGUCUUUUCCGUCUCAAAUUACUUCAAUGUACCAUAUACAACGAAACGGGAAACCCGCUGAGAGCGUUCAGCUUGUUGAUGAGCCAGCUUGUAAGGGCCCGAGACGUUGGUUUUUCGUCAAUAGCAUGCGAGGGCAUUGUACUUUUGGCUUCUGUUCAGGCCAAUCUUGGUGGUUUUCAAGACUCCUACAAGAUUCUCACUGCAAACAUACCCCGGAUUUUGGCCAACUACAACGUGGAACUUACAUCAAGCGCAUAUUAUGAGCUAGCUACUGCGUGCUAUGGUAUGGCAAGGACAAAAGAUACCACUAUUGGUCCGGAAAAAGAUCUUUUCAACAAAUUUCUACGCUAUCUCAACGCUGCUAUAAAAGGAUUCAAAGCCAUUAAACAUUCCAAAAACCUUUUAAAGUGUUUUGAGCUAGAAGAAAGUAUGGCAACGUUCAAAGAAAACAAUGAUUUGGUGGGCCAUGCUCACCGUGCCAUAACCAAGCUCAAUGCACAAUUGCUGGAGGAGUGUGUGAAAAUGAUGGUUUGA